CGAAUAUGGCCAAAGAGAGCGAAUAAAACUCGCUUGAGCACUUGUUCGUCACACAAAUGCAAGUGUAAAACAUCCCGCAGCCGCCGCGCGCAGGAUGCUCCACGAGCAUCCUUCCAGAUACGAUCUUACGAGCAGCAUCAGCAAAAGAAAAUAUUAGUUUUACAGUCACGGAGCCUCGUUACAUCCCGAGUUUCUCCAGCGUUACGGGAGGACACCCGCAUUUAAACUCCCAGCACCCGGCUGCCAGCAUCUCUCUGCUCCGUCCGCGGAGAUCCAGCAGCGCGCGAUCAGCGCUGGUCUCGUGUCGGACUAUAGGAUUUGGGUGGACGCCAUGGGGACAAAGGGAGGGGAUCUUCGCCAUGGAUUCUGACUUUUUAAACACUUAAUAUAAACCUAUAGAUUGCGAAACCCCUAUAGAAGUAGUUGAGCGAGCUGCGCUUUGGUCGCGUCUCUUCCUGCCCUUCUUCGCCGAACGGGAUGGUUCCAGCGCAGCGUCGCGUGGGGUGAGAAGAUCUUGCAAGACUAGGAAGAAAAGCGAGAGAUCGAGGGAUUAUGGCACUCUUCGCGCUCUGUCUUUUUAUUCUGACGCUCACCUGCACGAACUUUGACCUGGUGACUGCAGCCAGGCACGCGGUACACUGGAACAGUUCAAACAUACUACUUCGUAAGGAGGGCUACACAGUGCAGGUGAAUGUCAAUGACUACCUGGAUAUCUACUGUCCUCACUACAACAGCAGCCAGAGAGGCGUAGCCGAGCAGUACGUGCUCUACAUGGUCAGUUAUCGUGGUUACCGGACAUGUGACCCACAGCUGGGCUUCAAACGCUGGGAGUGUAACCGUCCCCACGCCCCACACGCACCGAUCAAAUUCUCGGAAAAGUUCCAGCGCUACAGCGCCUUCUCGCUGGGCUACGAGUUCCAUGUUGGGCAGGAGUAUUAUUAUAUCUCCACACCCACUCAUCACCACGGCCGGAGCUGCCUGAGAUUAAGAGUGUAUGUCUGCUGCUCAACAGCAUCUGAUUCAGAUGAUGAGCCCCAGCCCACAGAGCCAGACUACACUCUAAGACCUAACAUCAAAAUCGAUGACCUCGAUGACUAUGAUAAUCCAGAGGUCCCGAAAUUGGAGAAGAGCAUCAGCGGUAGCAGUCCAUCCAGAGAUCGCCUUCUCCUAACCGUGGCAUCACUUUUCCUUAUCGCACUUUCGGUCUCCUAGCAUCCACCUUUUGACUGUCGCCAUACCAACGAGGCCUUGGGUGGGGUGGGGGGAAGGAAGGGUCCAGGGCCGAUAAGUUUGCAGAUAAAGACUAGGAAAGAAACUGGAAAUGCAACACUUGAUGCUGCAGCAGCUUUAGGAGUGUCAAGCACCAGCCCACAAUUCAACAGUGGAUUUCAUGUCUUACAACAGCGAAACACUUUGCGUGUCACGCAGACAAUUAAUACAACCUUAAUGAGAACUGUGCCAUUUUUAGUAACAAUAGUGCAUAUUGUUUGCUGUGUGUGUGUGUGUUUGUGUGUUUAUGCAUUUGUGUGGCGCCUUCGGUGCUCGGUGGUGGAGCAGAUCUUUACUUCGGUCUGAAGGUUUGAUGGCUCCAUUAUCUGUGAAUUGGCAGGUUAAAAGGUUAAAAGCAUCUCAGAUUCUGUUUGAUGAGAACUGAAAUGAAACUGUCGAGGAGUUCAGGUUACUCGAAACCAGAAAAAACAAACAAACAGGAGCACCGUUUAAUCCGAUUGCAAAAGUAUUUGUUUCUCUCUGUGUGUUUCUGUUGCCAGAGAGAAGUACAAAGCGCUGGAUGAUCAUGUAAUUGCUGUCAAAGAUGAACUGCGAUAUCAAUUUGAUGAGUUUAAACAAGCCUGUAAUAGAAACCGAUCUCACAGACUUUUAAACAAACAAUUUUGGACUUUUCUAUUGACAAUACCACAAUUUAUAAAGCAUUAAAUUCCAAUUAGAUCUGAUUCUUAUUUGAACGUAUUGUGGCCGCACAUGAAGGCAGGGGCUGAUAUGGUUGGUCUGUGAUGCAGAAAAUUGAGACAGAAGUGAUUUUGCACAAGUGCCAGCAUAAAUGCGUUAAACACAUUGAGACAAACAGAAGCCAAAUAGCUUUUUUUGUUGUUGUUUUCUUUCCUUCUCCCUUUUGAUAAAAGGUGCUUGAGUGAGUGAGCGAGCGCAAGUGUGUAAGUGCAUUAGCUCAGUGAUGCUGGAAAAAUCUCCUCCAGACUUUAUGGACUUUAACCGGAGGUGGACACCUACACAGACACUGUACAUAAAACACAUGCAUUUAUUUAUGUGUGGACAUUGUGGACGACCUCGGCUCAUUCGUUCGGACCAUGCUGAUUCCCGCUGGAUUUGAAAGAACUCCAAACCAGUUUUUGCUGGUUCGUUUCUAAUUUGAACCAGUUCCACGUAUCGCUGUUUGCUGCUUGACUUCUUUCAGUGGUGAUCAGCCAGACCAAAUGGAAAUUGAGGGGUCUGGUGGUUAUAAUCUGUUUCUACGGCAACAGUUAUUCAUCUAUACACACACCUAAAGGCACUAGAGUCCAGCUGGAAAUCAGAACAACACACACAGAAAGAAAUAACAGCAAUUACUGGCAAUGGUUCUGGUGACACUUUUGCCAAGAGUAAUACAAGCAAACAAAUGCUUCAGGGCAGAUAGUUAUUGCAUUCUUGCGAGCUUUUCAAGGGAUAAACGGCAGCGUAUGCAUCAAUCAUUUUACAACAAGGUUCAAAAUUAAGGUUCUAACUCUUUUAGACUGGCACCUUAUCACGAUGGCAAAGACAUCAUAUCAUGGCUUCAUGAUGAUAGCAGCAACCAGCGCCGCUUUUCGCCCUAGAGACAAGCAACUGCUGCUUAAACUAUAGUGAUGGCAUGUGGUUUAGCAGAAAUGAUGUGUGGUAGAAGUUUUCUAAUGUAGAGUCAUAAUGGACACCUUCUCUCACACCUACAGGCUGUCUUUAACGUAUUGAUAAAGCCGUUUAUUGUAUCAUUCCACUUUUGCUCUGAAAAAUCAUUUCAAUUUAUGUGGAACAUUACGUCUGCUUUAUAUUCCAUUGCUGUGGCUGCUGUUUUCACUGAUCUAGAGCAACUUCAGAACAAAGGAACACUAAUUUGAAUGCUCAGAAUGAUACUUUACAGACUUGAAUCUACAUUUAAUUUGUUUCAUGUUGUCAUUUCUAUGAAUUGGGUUGAGAAUAAGAAUGUUUUUGUGCUUUUUGUUUUUUUUUCAGGAGUUUGUUUUUCUGAUGGAAUAAUGUAAUAUUUCAGAGGAGUCGAUCAGGCAAAGUCUCACUCUUCAAAUGUUGCACUUACAAAACUUGGACACGAGAAUUUGUGCGUGUGUGUGUGUGUUAGAGACUGCAGUUGUUACAAGUUGACGUUUGUCUUAAAACUAGCCUAAAUAACCUUUCAGUCUUGUAUGUGUGUGUAUGAGAGAGAGACAGAGAGAGAGAAAGAAUGAGAGAUCAAAAGGUAAUAAAGAUAAAGGACGGUGUGAA